CAAAACCAUGGUUGAGAUAGAUUAUCCUUUUGAUCCUAACCAUAAUGUUGAUACUAAAGAUGAUAUUUCUGUUGAAGUAUGGGGCAAGUCUCCAUUACCAUGUUCUCAGCCCCACAAGAGAAUGAAAACAAGUGCAUAUGGUAAAUCUGAAGAAGGUUAUACCAUCUUUCUUUGCAAAAGAGUACCUCUUCAGGAUCAGUAGUAGUUCUCAAGAUAUGAUCCUUAAGGUUCAGGAUGGGAGAACUUGGUCUGUUAAAUACUAUGUUAGACCGGAUAGAGUAACUUCGAAAACCAGGAUCGAACGUGGUUGGAAGGCGUUUGUUGAAGACAAUUACUUGAAAGUAGGUGAUGUUUGUGCCUUUGUUUUGAGAAAGAGCAUUGGAAUAGUAUUAUUUGAAGUGGUUAUUUUUCAUGAAAAUGGUGUAGCAAAUUCCCCUAUGUUACCAAUACCAGCUGCAUAUAUGAGAAGUUCAACUACACCAUCCAAGCCAAAGAUAACCCCUUGUGUGAAAAUUGAACCUUCUUUUACCAACAAUAGUAAUGAUAAAGAAAGUAUGGUUUCACAGGACUUAAUUGCAAAGAAAGAAAUAGUUGAACCUUCAGACAAGUUUAUGAAGGUGAAAUCUGAAGCAAAUACUGAUGACAAUCAAGGCAGUAAUAAUAAGAGGCUUUCAUCUUCUGAAGCAGCCAGCAAAUUCAUCUCAAACAAUCCUUACCUCCAAGUGAAUUUGAGAUCAUCUCAGGUGUAUGGAGGAAGACCGUAUAUUCCAAUGGCUUUUGGAAACCUUUAUUUUGAGAAAAAGGCACAAACUGUAACUUUUUGGGUUGGUGAGAAAAAUUGGCUUGUGAACUUAACUGUUAAUAAGAGAUCAGUUGGGUUAGAGUAUAGGUUUUCUAGUGGAUGGGCUGCAUUUGCAAGAGGGAAUUGUCUUCAGCCAAGUGAUGUGUGCAUAUUUGAGCUGAUACAGAGGAAUCAACUUCAGAUGAAAGUUACCAUAUUUAGACAAAAUGGUCUGCCUCUGUAAUAAAUUGUUGUUAUAAUUUUCUACUUAUUUAAUUACUUUAGCUACAAUUUGCCCCAGCUAAGGGGUUGUUUCUUUAGGUUGCUUUAAGUGACAUAUCAGGAUUAAAAUGAUUCCUUUUGUACAUGUUAUUGGUGUUUGUGAAUUCUCUUAAGCCAUGCCCAAUUUGAUCUCUAACUUCACUUGAAAGCACUUUACCACCCAUAUCAAUUCUUCAGAUAAUUACCAAUUCCUUCCUUUUUCUUCUUUCUUUAUUUUGUUCAUGUACCCUAAUAUUAGUAUAUUAUGUGUUUUAGUUAAUUAGAUUAUUUUAUAUGUAUCUUUUAUUUUAAAAAUAUAUAUUUUUUUA